AUGGAGAAUCCGCAGCAAGAACAUUGGACGGCGGUGAAGCGAAUCUUUCGUUACUUGCAAGGGACCAAGUCGCACGGACUCCGCUUCCAGCCAAGCGACAAGAUCGACUUUCGUGGCUACUAG